CAAUGCCAUCUAUGAAUCGCUUGUACGAACGUUUGUUUCGGUCAGUUUCGGUACACUACGGUACGCCGGUUUACUAAGGAAUUGGAGAAAAUGAGGCCCAACAUUCAAUUGCUCUCGGCGAGAGCACCACAAAAUAUUAAAAAAGUACCAUUCCAACCGAUUUUGCCAAUGGCUCUGAGAAACAAAGUUUCUGGAAAAUAUGACAAGCAGACUGAAGGGGGAUGCCUGUAUGAAAUAUCACUACUUUUUGCUUGUAUGCAGAAAAAUGCAUUUGACGAGUCAUUGUGUUCACAUGAAAUAAACAAUUUGAAUGUCUGUUAUUCUGACUAUUUAUCCAAGAGACGAACACGCAAGGCAGAUCAGGAGAAAGGAAUUAUCACACCAGGAGAGAAAAACCUGACACACUUACAGUUAAAUAAAUUUUUGAAACGCUUCCCUAACGUGUAAUACUAUGCUUUAAAAAUUUAGUAAAUAAUAGAUAUUAUAUAUUAUGUUUCUGUAACACGAGUGUACAUCUUACUGUAUCUAAAGUAUAUUCAUUGUACAUUGAAUCUAAUAAAAAAGGUUUAUGUCAUUAA